AUGUCAUUCUUGAGGAAUUUCUUCGGCACCUCCGCCACGCCAGUUGUUGAGGAGGCAAAAGACAAGAAGACCCCCAUUCGCGCCCUUCCCGCGCCCUGGUACACCUCUCAGGCUAUGUAUGAGCUGGAACGCCGAGCUAUCUUCUCCCGAAAGUGGCUCCUCACCACACACAAGGCCCGCGUCCCCAAUGCCGGCGACUGGGUCCGCUAUGACGCUGCUGGCUACGAGUUCGUUGUUGCUAAGGACCACGAAGGCGAGAUCAAGGCUUUCCUUAGCGAGGAUCUCUCGCCCGCCCAUGUGCACCUCGACAAGAAUGGAUUCGUCUGGGUGAACCUGGACUCAUCUGAAACCCCAGAGGUUGCCUGGAAGGAUGACUUUGAGGGCGCUGAUGAGCAGCCCCGCUUCCAAUACUACAACUUUGACGAGUAUAACUUCGACCACACCUGGGAUAUGGAGGGAGCAUUCAACUGGAAGAUUCUCGCCGAUAACUAUAAUGAAUGCUACCACUGCCAAGUCGCCCACCCCGACAUUCCCACAAUUGCCGACCUUAACUCUUAUUACGUCAAGCCCAAGGACGGCCACAUUCAGCACUACGGUGCUCCACGAGAGGAUCAGAUCGCCAAAGGAUUCCGCAUUGCCACCACUUACUUCUGGCCAAAUGCCUCUUUCAAUAUCUCUCCCAACUUCUUCUUCAUGCAGCGUUUCACUCCUGUUAGCCCAACCCAUUGUGUGAUGCGCUAUGAGGUCUACCGUCACAAGGAUGCCACCGACGAGGCUUUCAGCGUCAUUAGUGACAUGUACAAGCGGAUCAUGUCCGAGGACAAGUACCUCUGCAUCGGUACCCAAAAGAACAUCAACGCCGGUGUCUUCGUCAACGGUUUGCUCCACCCCGAGAUGGAGCUGGGUCCGCUCCACUUCCAGAAGACAGUGCGCGAGGUCGUCAUGGAACACCGCAAGAGGGAAGAGGAGGUCGGUCACGAGAUCUGGCCUGCAGCAGAUCGCACCCCUCAAGAAACAAGCGUCAGCGAGGAGGAGCCUAUUGCAUUCCAAACCGGCUCCGAGAGUUACUUGAGUGAAAAGAACGACUUCAAUGUCACCGUGACUCCGCUGGUCAGCGUCUAG